UCGACGCUCGCUAUGGUAGAUUCAACGAAGUCCAUGGCGAUGGCCAUCAAGUCAACAACGAAAACCAUGGCCCUGAAACAAAUCAACAGUCUAACUCUGUCGACGUUCAUGACCAUGGCUAUCAAACCAACAACGAAGACCAUGGCCCUGAAACAAAUCAGCCAUCUAAUCCUGUCGACGCUCGGUAUGGCAAAUUCAACGAAGUUUAUGGCAAUGGUUAUCAAAUAAACAACGACGUCCAUGGCUGUCAAAUCAACAACAAAAUCCAUGCCUUUCAAGCAAUUCACACGCUGAACCACUAUACUCAAGAUAACGUCCAUGCCUAUCAAACAAAUCAAACGACGAUCAAACACUAUACUCAAGAUAAUCUUUGAUAGUUCGGCUACCUUGAAAGAACGCCAGGAAUUCGAAAACUGGCUGUCUCCUCUGAAUUUUCGUCAAAGGCAGAGCGAAGUUCGUGAGACUUGGCGAGAGGGAACGGGAGGAUGGGUGCUCGAUGAUGAGAGGUUC